UGCAGAGGUCGUUGAUGUUUCCAAUGCUAUUGGCCAGUUUUAACUGAACAUGGGAACGUGCUGAAACGCCGCUCUUCUCUUUCUUCGGAGUGCUCGUCCUGCAAAAUGACGAAAGGUACAUCCAGCUUUGGUAAACGGCGCAAUAAGACACACACGUUGUGCAGGAGAUGUGGUAACAGCUCAUACCAUAUCCAGAAGUCACAAUGUGCUCAAUGUGGCUACCCAAAAAAGAAGAUGCGUUCGUAUAACUGGUCGGUUAAGGCCAAGAGGAGGAAGACCACUGGUACUGGCCGCAUGCGUUGCCUCAAGAUUGUUCGCCGCAAGUUCAAGAAUGGAUUCAGAGAAGGCGUGCCAAAACCUAAAGCUGUUGCGGCAAAGUAAAACAACAUUGUGUAAUUAAGUUAUACAAUUUUGACUACUAAUAAAAAUCAAAGGUCCAAAUACCACAUUAUUGCCAACUUAAUGAGAAUUUAUUGCAGCUCUGUAGAACGAUUGUUAAUGUUCAUUACGUACAUUUUUUUGUAAAAUUAGAAAUCAAUAUUUACACUAGCAUAUUGAAUUUUA